AUGAUUUUCGUCAUCUUCAUGGCCAUAUACGUUGCUGUUACAGUGGGAAAUGAGCAGCAGCUACAUAACAGUAGCGGCAAUGAUGACAUGGAUCGCAGUACCGACGAGCAACGAUUGCUCCAUCAUCUGCUUAGGCAGUACGAGAAAGCAGUACGGCCGGUGCGGAAUGCCUCAAAUACAGUAAUUGUAAAGCUCGGGAUGACAAUGACCAAUAUUUUUGAUAUGGUACUUUUUUUUGCUCAUUCUAUUCAAUUCUAUGAAUAG